UCCCACAAAGGACGAACCAUAUCCGUAAUACUGAUGUAUACUUAUUUAUCUAUUUAUGCAUCCAACCUUUCAAUGCUAAGAAUGAAUGACUGGAAAUGUUGAGGAGGGGCGAAAUCUGAGUUGCUGAAUCUAAGAUGGAGGAAUGAGGUGUGAUUAGCACAGGAGGGAGGAGGAGCAUCUUAUUAUUGACAAGCCGGGGAGUGGGACUGCGGCUCCGUGCCGGCAGCAGCAAUGCAGGCUGCUCCCCUUGGAUCUUCCAUUCCUUCCCAUUUCUCCCCUCUCUUGCUGCUGCACCGUCCAUGCCAUCGCCACCACGUUUCUUUCUACUCUCCCUCUAUGCCAUCCUCUCUGCCCCGAAGGAUCGCUUUUGUUACCGAUUCUUUUCGCCGGAUACCUGACUCAUCCACAUCGGGAGUAUGUCGAGCGAGUCAAGCUGUUGAUUUUUUUCCACCUGUUUGCCCUGAUAUCGUUGUCAGAGAAGCACGGGCGGAGGAUUGCUGGGAAAUUGCUGAAACCCACUGUAGCUCGUUCUUCCCGAAUUAUUCAUUUCCCUUCGACUUGGCACUGCGGGUCAAUCGCUCGGUGUCGCUGUUAGCGGCCUUAUCCCUUCCUGUUGGACAUAUGAAGAAGUGCCUGGUAGCAGUUGUUGGUGGUCCCGUGGAUGAUAGCCACUUGUUCGGCGGCGUCAUGGAUAUCAAGGUAUUCGGCUUUGAAGGGAAGUUCAGCUUCAACAGGGGAUAUGUUGCGGGAAUACUGACGAUAGACACGUUGGCUGAUUUCCUGCCAAGGAAAGGGCCGCUGGGCCAAAGAAGGACUGGCAUUGCAUAUAUAUCAAAUGUUGCUGUGAAGCAGAGGGAGAGGCGGAAGGGAAUAGCGAAGCGGUUGAUUGCCAAGGCUGAGGAGCAGGCCAGGCGUUGGGGUUGCCGUUCCCUCGCAUUGCACUGCGACGUCAACAACCCUGCGGCGGUUGCACUUUACAAGGCCCAGGGCUUCAGGUGCAUCAAGGUUCCCGAUGGUGCCAAUUGGCCUGAACCCAGGACUGCAGCCAGCUCCGAGUUUCACUUCAUGAUGAAGCUCCUACCAGUAACUCCCACCGCCACCACCUGAACUUGGCCCUCGCCUUUGCCUCAUGCACGUGCUUAGAAGCCAAGAUACAUAUAAAUUUAUAUACAUCUCCCUGCUGCCAGAUGAUAAAGAGACGGUGGACAACAGUAUCGCAUGGCAAGCUAUUAAUUUCCACAGUUGCUUUUUAUGAGUAAUGGCAGAUGGCAGGAGAAAAGUUGGCAAGUUGUGCGCGCCCGCGUGCUUGUAUACGUCAAGUUCGAUGGCCUGUAUAUAUAUACAUAGAUGGAUCUUAGAGCGAUUAUAUUUCGUGAUCAUAUUUCAAGCACCCCCAGUUUAUCGUUGCAUUUUCUGUCCUUUAUGAUAGAGCAGAAAAAUUGAGCUGGUCAAGGAUGUGCUGCGCUGUGCCUGAGACUGUAUAAUAACAAGCAAAAGUGAGUUGCGUCGGACCAGGCAGGUAGCACACAGAAUGUGUGCUUCAACGCAAUAGGUAUGCGUCACCAACGUCCCCA